CCGGGCGCGUGCUGGCGGCGGCGGGGGCGCGCGCGGGCUCGGCGGGGGCGCCGCGCGGGGAUUGUUCGCGCCGCCGCUCGGGGAAGCGGAACGCGGGGAGCGCUCCCCGCCGCGCCCCCGCUGCCUCCUCCUCAUCCACCUCCUCCUCCUCGUCCGCCGCCCCCCGCCCCGCCGCCCCCGUGUCCGCGCCGGGCGCCCACCCCGCCGCCAAUAUUCCCGAGAUCAAGCGCUACGCGGCGGCGGCGGGGCCGGCGGCGGGGCCCGGGGCGGGCGGCGGGGCCGGCGGCGAGAGCAGCGAGGCCGCCGCCACCGCCGCCAUGGAGGCGCUGGGACCCGGGCCCCCAGCCAGCCUCUUCCAGCCGCCCCGCCGCCCAGGCCUGGGCACUGUUGGGAAACCCAUCCGCCUCCUGGCCAACCACUUCCAGGUGCAGAUCCCCAAGAUUGAUGUUUAUCACUAUGAUGUUGAUAUCAAACCAGAGAAACGCCCCCGAAGAGUCAACAGGGAGGUGGUGGAUACAAUGGUGAGGCACUUCAAGAUGCAGAUCUUUGGGGAUCGGCAGCCUGGCUACGAUGGGAAGCGGAACAUGUACACGGCACACCCGUUACCCAUUGGCAGGGACAGGGUGGAUAUGGAGGUGACACUUCCAGGAGAAGGGAAGGACCAGACAUUUAAGGUUUCCAUUCAGUGGGUGUCAGUUGUCAGCCUUCAGAUGCUGCUGGAAGCUCUGGCAGGGCACCUGAAUGAAGUUCCUGAAGACUCUGUUCAGGCACUGGAUGUAAUCACACGGCACCUUCCCUCCAUGAGGUACACCCCUGUGGGUCGCUCCUUCUUCUCCCCCCCCGAAGGUUAUUACCACCCCCUGGGAGGGGGCAGGGAGGUCUGGUUUGGUUUCCACCAGUCGGUCCGUCCUGCCAUGUGGAACAUGAUGCUCAACAUCGACGUGUCAGCGACUGCUUUCUAUCGUGCCCAGCCUAUCAUUGAGUUCAUGUGUGAGGUCUUGGACAUCCAGAACAUCAGUGAACAAAGCAAACCCCUGACAGACUCCCAGCGUGUCAAGUUUACCAAAGAAAUCAGAGGUCUGAAAGUAGAGGUUACCCACUGUGGCCAGAUGAAGAGAAAAUACCGAGUUUGCAACGUUACCCGGCGACCAGCCAGUCACCAGACGUUCCCUCUGCAGCUGGAGAACGGGCAGGCCAUGGAGUGCACAGUAGCUCAGUAUUUUAAGCAGAAGUACAGUCUGCAGCUGAAAUACCCCCACCUGCCCUGUCUCCAAGUGGGACAGGAACAGAAACACACGUACCUGCCGCUGGAGGUGUGUAACAUCGUGGCUGGGCAGAGGUGCAUCAAGAAGCUCACGGACAAUCAGACCUCGACCAUGAUAAAAGCAACCGCGCGGUCGGCGCCGGACCGGCAGGAGGAGAUCAGCAGGCUGGUGAAGAGUAACAGUAUGGUUGGUGGGCCUGAUCCGUAUCUGAAGGAGUUUGGAAUCGUUGUCCAUAACGAAAUGACAGAGCUGACAGGCAGAGUUCUGCCAGCCCCAAUGCUGCAGUACGGAGGCAGGAACAAGACCGUGGCCACACCAAACCAAGGCGUAUGGGACAUGAGAGGGAAACAGUUCUAUGCUGGCAUUGAGAUUAAAGUUUGGGCUGUUGCCUGUUUUGCUCCUCAAAAACAAUGCAGGGAAGACUUGCUGAAGAGUUUCACGGACCAGCUGCGCAAGAUCUCCAAGGACGCCGGGAUGCCCAUCCAGGGCCAGCCCUGCUUCUGCAAGUACGCCCAGGGUGCAGACAGUGUGGAGCCCAUGUUCAAACACCUGAAGCUGACUUACGUUGGCCUGCAGCUCAUCGUGGUGAUUCUGCCCGGGAAGACGCCCGUGUAUGCUGAAGUCAAGCGGGUUGGAGACACUCUUCUAGGCAUGGCCACACAGUGUGUUCAGGUAAAGAAUGUGGUCAAAACCUCACCACAAACUCUGUCCAACCUGUGUCUGAAGAUCAACGCGAAGCUCGGAGGGAUCAACAAUGUGCUGGUACCUCAUCAAAGGCCCUCGGUGUUCCAGCAGCCAGUGAUCUUCCUGGGGGCAGACGUGACGCACCCCCCGGCCGGGGACGGGAAGAAGCCGUCGAUCGCGGCCGUGGUGGGCAGCAUGGACGGGCACCCCAGCCGGUACUGCGCCACCGUGCGCGUGCAGACCUCGCGCCAGGAGACCUCCCAGGAGCUGCUCUACAGCCAGGAGGUCAUCCAGGACCUCACCAACAUGGUGCGGGAGCUGCUCAUCCAGUUCUACAAAUCCACUCGUUUCAAGCCCACGAGGAUCAUUUACUACAGAGGGGGAGUGUCAGAAGGGCAGAUGAAACAGGUAGCUUGGCCAGAGCUGAUCGCGAUCCGGAAGGCCUGCAUUAGUUUGGAGGAAGAUUAUAGACCAGGAAUAACCUACAUUGUUGUGCAGAAAAGGCAUCACACCAGGCUGUUCUGUGCCGACAAAACUGAAAGGGUGGGUAAGAGCGGCAACGUACCAGCAGGCACUACUGUGGACAGCACCAUCACACAUCCUUCUGAAUUUGACUUUUACCUCUGUAGCCAUGCAGGAAUUCAGGGAACCAGCCGGCCCUCCCACUACCAGGUGCUGUGGGAUGACAACUGUUUCACAGCAGAUGAGCUGCAGCUCCUCACGUACCAGCUGUGCCACACCUACGUGCGCUGCACCCGCUCCGUGUCCAUCCCCGCUCCCGCCUACUACGCCAGGCUGGUGGCAUUCCGGGCCAGGUACCACCUCGUGGACAAGGAUCAUGACAGCGCCGAGGGCAGCCACGUGUCGGGGCAGAGCAACGGCCGCGAUCCGCAGGCGCUGGCCAAGGCCGUGCAGAUCCACCACGACACCCAGCACACCAUGUAUUUCGCUUGAGAGCACCUGGGAGGAUGAGGCAAGACAACAACCCACGCAGUCCCGAAGUGUUUGGAAGCCUCCCCCUCUCGCCAGGGCCGGGGGGUUUCGGACUGCCCACUACCAGCAGCUCCGGACAGUCGCACUGAAUCUGUUCUUCACUGCAACGUCUGAUGCACCAACACAAUUGAGCCAUUUGUUUCAUUGUUUUCUGUACUAGAAAUCCAUAGACUUGUCUUUUCUGAUGCAUUGGACUGAAUUUUUACCUCAAAGUGCAAAGGCCGAUCAUCCUGAAAUUUUUCAAGGACUUGGCACGAAAGGUUUCUAUCGAAUCUUUUGCUAGCUGUGGUUUUUAAGUUCUCCUCAUCCCAUGAGCUGACGGUGACUGCUGCCCUGUCUCCGUGCCCUGCUUCGUGAGUAUGAUGUGAUGGCAAAAUGUUUUA